UAUUUGCGUUUUCAUAUGAGAUAUGAAUGUCUUGAAUACAAAUUAAAAACAAUUGGUCUCUAAAUGAUAACAAUUGUUUGUCCAUCGCUUAGUCAUUAAAGUGAUGUCAAAGACAUCGGUAACUAUAGACAGCUAAAGAUCACCGAAUGGCUGACUUGAAGUCAGAAACGACACAAUUAUUGGGCAAUGAAUCCAAAGAAGUCUUUGAAGACAUGGAAAGUCCGAAUGAAGACAAAGAUUGUCAUUCAUUUGAUGCCAAUUCAGUGGACAGCAAUAAGACACUGACCGGUAAUCAAAAUAACAAUGAGAACAACGAUUUGAUGGAUCAGUCAAUAAGUGAUAAUAAAUGUAACGAAAGUCGUAAACGAGAUAUUAAUGUUGAGACAAGAAAUGACUGUAAGAGUGACCAAAAUGAACGAAGACUACCGUCUGAGCCAUUGAGUCGACCAUUCUUUACAUUUCCACGUUUUCUUAGCGGAAGAAGAAAGAGAAUUAAAAGAAAAAGUAUGGUUUCUAACGACAGACCGGUGGCCGCUAUCGAAGAACAUCCAGAAAAUGAUUCGGUCGGACAAAUGACCGCAAAUACAACCAAUAAUUACAAUGAAUACCGAAAUAAACGCAAUGUUUAUGUAAAGGAAAGCUUUUUUAUACGUUUAAUGAGACACUUGGCGUCACCCGUUCACGGAGGACAUCGAGACAGUGGUCAGGGAUAUCGGUCACCGCGAACUCAAAGCGCAUACUUAUCAGAACAAAGAAGUUCAACACUAGACAGACGUCGAUCAAAACCAGAAUCAUUCACAUCUUCGGCAUCUAAUGGUGACAUUAAUAGGCAUCACAUACUUAUUGAACAAAACAGUCAUAAUCGCAACCAUUCGGCGGUCAACGGCUUUGAAGUACCGGCCGUUUGUGGCAUCAAAAAUCACGGCAACACGUGUUUCAUGACAGCUAUCAUACAAUGUCUUUGUAAUACAGAUCUAUUGGCCGAGUAUUUUGUGAUGAAUCACUAUAGGAGUGAUUCGUUAAGACAUAACAAACUUCACGCCAAAAAGUAUGGCACUAAAGGAGAACUAACAGAACAGUUGGCACUAUUACUCAAAUCUUUGUGGUCUUGUAUGUACUCGAGUGAGAUCUCCAGUAAAUUCAAGACACUUAUGGCUAAAUAUAGCGCUCAAUAUGAAGGCAGUGAACAACACGACGCACAGGAGUUCCUUCUUUGGCUUCUCGACAAGUGUCACGAAGACCUUAAUAUUGCCAACAAAAAGAAAUAUAAAAAAAUUAAAAGUUUAUCUAACAAUCGAUCGGAUGAGAUAAUAGCAGCGGAGACUUUGGCCAAUUAUAUGCGAUGCAACAGUAGUUUUAUUCAUGACUUAUUUCAGGCACAAUUGAGAUCAUCUCUUGUAUGCCGAUCCUGUGGUAAACAUAGCAAUACAUUUGAUCCAUACCUAUGUCUAUCACUACCCGUUCCCAUUAGACUGACGCACACUCUUCUUAUAAAUUCAGUAUUUCUCGAUAGAAAGCCACGAGAAAUUAAAAUUGGUGUUACUAUUGAAUCAUUGGCCACUAUUAGAGAAUUAAGAGAUAAAAUUAGUCGCUUAUUAAAAAUACCCGAAAAACAAUUAAUUCUUCUAUUAAUUGGACAAGAAUUUGGUCUCAAAGAAUUAGCAAAAGAUUCUGAUAUUGUUCAGGAAGUUCUCGAAGAUAUGAAUGAAAUUUAUGCUUUGGAAACACCAAAAGUCGACCAAAACUAUACUAACCAUAACUCGAUCUCAAGUAAUGGUAGCGGACAAAAGUUAACAUUGAUUUGGUCCAAUCGGGUCGGUAUCGGAAAUCAGGGAAAAAUAUUUGGACCAUUGUUUUCUUGUCUGAUAUCUCGAGAAGCAUCCUAUAAACAAAUCCAAUUAGACAUAAUUAGUGCCAUGAGAUCUAUGCUUAAACAUGAUUCUGAUAUUAGUUCAAUCAGUUGUAGUCUUAAUUUACGACUUCGAGUUAUUGGUGGUAUACCUGGUAAAGCAUAUUUGCCUGAAGAUGUUGAUCAUCCGUUAUAUAUGCCAACUGUCGAUAAGGCACUGACUGGAUGUGAAGAUAAGGAGUAUAGAGGACCUAUUCAUUUGAAAAUAAUGGUUGAAUGGGACCUCGAUAUGAGACAAACUUUGAUUAUUGCUGAUGACCAAAUGAAUGACCCAGUAGUGGACAGUUCAAUUGAAUUGGCUAAAGCCAGGUCUCAAAAAACUAAUAGGGCUUCACUUAGAGAUUGCUUUGACAUGUAUUUUAAAGAAGAAAGGUUGUGCGCCGAUAAUGCCUGGACUUGUCCGUCAUGUAAGCGGCGGCAACAGUGUACUAAAAAGUUGAAUUUGUGGUCCGUCCCCGAUAUCUUUAUUAUUCAUUUGAAACGUUUCCGUCAAUCAUCUCAAUCACAACGAAAUAAAGUGACCACUCAUGUAGUGUUUCCUCAAACAGGUUUAGACAUGAGUGCAUAUAUUGUUCCUCGCGCUCAAACUAAUGGUAAUAUAACUAACGGUUUACCAGCACUUUGGUCGCCAUCAAAAAGAUCACGAAUGUAUAGUCGGUUUAUUACAAGAACUGACGAUAAUAUUUAUGAUUUAUAUGCUGUUUGUAACCAUAAGGGAAAUAUGCAAAGUGGACAUUACACGGCAUUUUGUCGAAAUCCAAUUGACAAUUGUUGGUAUCAUUUUGAUGAUACAAAAGUAGUUCCCGUCAAUGAGUCUUCAGUCAUUACAUCCGAUGCAUACAUACUUUUUUAUCAGAGGAGUAGCCUAUCGUCUGCAUUCUCUUCUUGUUCUUCGUCGUCGACAUCAGGUUAUAGUAGUUCCGCGAGUUCUUAUUACAGCGACCACUGGGCUUUCAGGAUGCCUCCAUUCAACUAUUGGUCGCCUAAAUCUAGCAAAAGUCACGAUAAUUUAUUCUCUGAAAUAAAUGAAAGAAAUGGUGCCAAAAGUGGAGUGACAACACCUCCAACACCCGGAGCUAUAACUCGAGACAUUACCCGCUAUGCAAGUCUGCCUUCAAAGAGUUCUCAAUUCAAAACUAAGUCAUUGCAAACUGAAACAAAAAUAACUCACAAUAAUUACAAUAACAAUAACAAUGAUACAAAUGAUUUAAAAGUGAUAAAAACAGAGUUGAAAACAAACUCAACUUCUGUUGUUACCACUAUUAAUACCACUAACAGUAGUGUCAACAAUAACAACAUUAAUAGUAAUAAUAAUAAGGCGACUACAAAUUUAAUUCAAAAUAAUUGUAAUGAAAGUACAAAAAUAACCGAUAAUGUCGACGAAUCGGAUAACAAUGUUAACGUAUGGCAUCCCAAAGCUGAUAGCAACACAUACUGGGCCAUCACAUCUGUUUAAUAAUGAUAAACAUUUUGAUAACGAGUCAGUUAUAACCGAAUUUAUGAACAAUAAGUUAUAAAGAAAGGGCUUAUUUUGCAAGAAUUAUUUUUUUGAGUGAAAUAAUUUGUAUAUAAAGCCAUUUAACUGUUGAUAUUUCCUACCAUUCCAUCCUAUAAACCGAUUCCACUGAAAAAUUAUUUAUUUUGCACAAAAAUAUUUGUUUUUUAUAAUGAAAUCGCAUUCCUAUCAAUGCAACAAAAGUAUUGAAGAAUUAGACUAAUUCGUCAAUAAUUGUUAACUAAUUUUCCUAAAAGUUGAGUAUCUUUAGCAUAAUGUACUGUAUUAUUGAAAUCAUUUUAAAUGCGAUACUGAUUAGACAAUAACAUGAGUAUUAUAACUAGUGAUAGAUAUACAAUAAUUGAUAAAUAGUUAAAACUAUAUUUGUCUAUAAUUUGAAUUUAUUUAAAUCAUUUAGAAAUUAGCCAAACGGCCAAAAGUGUUGACAUUUGUGGCCAAAUUCGCCUAAAUUUGCUCACAAUCUGAUCCAUUGUAUUCACAUCGUCUAUAUGUCUGAUGAAGUAAUUUAUUACAAUUAGAGACAACUAGUCAUUAGUUAAUAAACAGUUAGUCAUAAAAGUUAAGUGCAAUUGUGAACAGCUCUUCAUACAGACAUUAAGUGACGAUAAUUCCAUUGUUUAUAAACUAAUUGCAAAUUAUAUAAUAAUUUUAAUUAAAUAUAUUUUUUAUUAAUCG